GCUGGCCGUGAGGCGGUGGCGUCCCGGACGGAGGCGGCAUGGAGCGGGAGCCUGGUCCCGCUGGCACGCGCCGGGCGCUGGGCCGUCUACUUGAGGCGGUGCUGGGAAGCCGCGGCGAGGCCAACGCCGUGUUCGACAUCCUGGCGGUGCUGCAGUCUGAGGACCAAGAGGAAAUCCAGGAAGCGGUGCGCACAUGCAGCCGUCUCUUCGGGGCCAUGCUGGAACGCGGAGAGUUGUUCGUGGGCCCUCUGCCGCCCGAGGGGGCAGCCAUAACAGGGUCCCGGGGAGCCAUGCGCAAGUACAAGGUGUGGAUGAGACACCGCUACCACAGCUGCUGCAACCGUUUGGGGGAACUCCUGGCCCACUUCUCCUUUCAGGUCAAGGAGCUGGCCCUUAGCACACUCAUGAAGUUUGUGCAGCUGGAAGGAAUGCACCCCUUGGAGAAGCCCAAGUGGGAAGGCAACUACCUGUUCCCCCGCAGGCUCUUUAAGUUGGUGGUGGGAGGCCUGUUGUCGACUGAGGAGGACCACAGUCUGCUCCUCUCCCAGUUCCGGGAAUAUAUGGAAUAUGAUGACAUCCGCUACCACACAAUGCAGGCAGCCACCGACGUUGUGGCCCAGGUCACCAACCUACAUUCUGAGGUGUCCCUCACUUUCUGGAAUAAUGCCUUCACGUUGCUGUCUGCUGUGAGCCUGCCCCAUCAGGAGCGCAAUCUCUCCAACUUCUAUGUGUCACACAUAGAGUCAUCGGACAAAUGGAAAAUUGCUCAUCUGAAGGAACACAGGAAGGUAUUCCAGGCCAUGUGGCUCAGCUUCCUCAAGCACAAGCUGCCCCUGAGCCUGUACAAGAAGGUGCUGGUGAUAGCGCACGACUCCAUCCUGCCACACUUGGCACAGCCCACGCUCAUGAUAGAUUUCCUCAGCAGUGCCUAUGACCUUGGAGGGGCCGUCAGCCUCUUGGCCUUGAAUGGACUGUUUGUCCUGAUCCACAAGCACAACCUGGAAUACCCUGACUUCUACCGGAAGCUAUAUGGCCUCCUGGAGCCAUCCAUCUUCCAUGUCAAGUAUCGUGCCCGUUUCUUCCACUUGGCCGAUCUCUUCCUGUCAUCCUCCCAUCUUCCCGCCUACCUGGUAGCUGCCUUUGCAAAGCGCCUGGCCCGCCUGGCGCUGACGGCACCCCCCGAGGCCCUCCUCAUGGUCUUACCGUUCAUCUGCAACCUGUUGCGUAGGCACCCUGCCUGCCGGGUCCUCGUGCAUCGCCCUCAGGCUUCUGAGCUGGAUGCCGACCCCUAUGACCCAGUAGAAGAAGACCCGGCCAAGAGCCGGGCCCUGGAGAGCUCUCUGUGGGAGCUACAGGCCCUUCAGCAUCAUUACCACCCUGAGGUAUCCAAAGCCGCCAGUGUCAUCAACCAGGCAUUGUCUGUCCCUGAAGUCAGCAUUGCACCACUUCUGGAGCUCACUGCGUAUGAACUCUUUGAGCAAGACCUAAAGAAGAAAGGGCCUGAGCCCGUGCCCCUGGAGUUCAUCCCAGCCCAGGGUUUACUAGGCCGGCGAGACGACCUUUGCGCCCAGCACUUCAGACUCAGCUGACCCUGCCUUGACCCCACCCUAUCCCCAAAUAAAUGGUUUUGUAGGA